ACCAUAGCAGCCGUCAAAUUAAAGUCGUAACUCGUAAACAAAAAGUAUUCCGUCGCAAAUUUUCAAAAUCCGGAACUUUCAGGACAACACCAACAGAUAUGUGAAGUGUGAUUCUAAAUUGGGGAUUUUAGAAUUGUUUUAAAAAUUCUAAAUACAUUUCGUUCUGAACCAUUUGAACCAAUUUAACUGUUUUCACAAGUAGACGCAAUAUUAAUAAUGCUGCGACCACCACUACUGCGUCAAGCCCGACGCGCACACACGUCGGCGUUUAAGAAAAAUCCACAUCUGGAUGAAAUAAUAAGAGUCGAUCACGCCGGAGAGUUAGGAGCUGACCGCAUAUACGCGGGUCAGAUGGCAGUUUUGGGUACGUCAAAGGAAGGACCUCUGAUCCAACACAUGUGGGAGCAAGAGAAGAAACAUCGAGAGAAAUUUGAGCAACUCAUUUCAAAGUACAGAGUACGACCUACUGUUAUGACACCACUUUGGAAUAUAGCUGGCUUCGCCCUUGGAGCAGGCACAGCCUUACUCGGCAAAGAGGCAGCUAUGGCUUGUACAGUAGCAGUAGAGACUGUAAUAGUUGACCACUAUAAUGACCAGCUUCGAACUCUAAUGGAGGACCCUCAGAUUGACAAGGAGAUACUGGACACAAUCACCCAGUUCCGCAAUGAGGAGCAGGAGCACCACGAUACAGGAAUAGACCACGGAGCUGAACAGGCCCCAUUCUAUCAGGCACUUACUGAAGUAAUUAAAACAGGAUGCAAAGUUGCCAUUGCUAUAUCAAAGAAGAUAUAGAUAAUGGAGAUAUUUUUGUAAAUAUAGGAAUAAAUAUUCGUUUUGCUUAAA